AUGGGCUCGAGUGUGCGCAAAAAGAGAGAGAAAAAGAAGGAUUUCCAGAAACCAAAAUUGAAAGUCGGCAAGACAAAGGCCAAAGCAGACAAUUUCACGGACACCAGUUUCAAAUCAAAAGCCAUUGUCGUCAACCAGCAGUCCCUAUCCACAACAGCGCCAUCUUCAUCAUCACAGUUCUCUCAUUAUCUCUCACUUGCUUCAUCGUCAAAAUCAGACUCUCAAAGACGAGAUGCUCUCUCAUAUCUGACCACCCAGAUUGCGUCAAAACCCGUCAAUGAUCCUAUGCCGCUACCAACCGCUAUCCUUCUCCCCAAAUUACUCCCACUUAUCCUAGAUGGAUCAUCUUCGGUCCGCUCACAAGUUCUCAGACUAUUCCGCCUCUUAUCCCCUUCUGAUAUUGGGGACCGUGUCGAGCAAGCGCUGCUGUACACCAGAGCUGGGAUGACCCAUCUCGCCGCUGAGAUUCGGGUUGAUGCUCUUGCCGUCUUGGAAUGGCUAUUGGAAGUCGCCAAGGAUGAUGUUGUCACGUGUCCCGGAGGAUGGGUGAAGACUCUAAAGACCUUUAUGUCAAUGAUGGGGUGGGCAGUGAGCAGCAGCUCAUCAAAGUGGACAUCCGCUAGCAAAGUAUCGUUCGGAAAAGCCGGGAAAGCCUUUCCGAGGCAGCUUCUUGUGCUUGCGCAGUUCCUGAAGGCAGGAUUGAUUGAGACAGACACCGAACCAACUAUCGGUAAGGACAGUGGCUUGUUCCCUCUCUGCGAUGUGGCGAGGCAUAUGAUCCCUCAGCGAUCAAAUGCCUUUGCACAUUUGAAUCUGUUUGGUUCCUCUAGAGAUGAAGAAGGAGAGAUGUAUAUUGAUAGGGAAGAUCGACAACGAGUUUUUCAAAGGCGGUUUCAGUCUGCAGUAGCGAUCGGGGUGGCAAAUGCGAAAAAAGAGGCUGGGGAAGCUGGGAGAUCUGCCUCUGUUUUGAGUAAAGUUCUUCUUGAGGGCAUGGCGGACUAUGAAAGCGUUGAUGAUACCCAGUAG